AUUCUGCUUCCACCACUGCCAAUAACAAAAUAACUAGCAACCAUGAAGUGGGUGGAAUCAAUUUUUUUAAUUUUCCUACUAAAUUUUACUGAAUCCAGAACACUGCAUAGAAAUGAAUAUGGAAUAGCUUCCAUAUUGGAUUCUUACCAAUGUACUGCAGAGAUAAAUUUAACUGACCUGGCUACCAUAUUUUUUGCCCAGUUUGUUCAAGAAGCCACUUACAAGGAAGUAAGCAAAAUGGUGAAAGAUGCAUUGACUGCAAUUGAGAAACCCACUGGAGAUGAACAGUCUGCAGGGUGUUUAGAAAACCAGCUACCUGCCUUUCUGGAAGAACUUUGCCGUGAGAAAGAAAUUUUGGAGAAGUACGGACAUUCAUGAACAAAUUCAUUUAUGAGAUAGCAAGAAGGCAUCCCUUCCUGUAUGCACCUACAAUUCUUCUUUGGGCUGCUCGCUAUGACAAAAUAAUUCCAUCUUGCUGCAAAGCUGAAAAUGCAGUUGAAUGCUUCCAAACAAAGGCAGCAACAGUUACAAAAGAAUUAAGAGAAAGCAGCUUGUUAAAUCAACAUGCAUGUGCAGUAAUGAAAAAUUUUGGGACCCGAACUUUCCAAGCCAUAACUGUUACUAAACUGAGUCAGAAGUUUACCAAAGUUAAUUUUACUGAAAUCCAGAAACUAGUCCUGGACGUGGCCCAUGUACAUGAGCACUGUUGCAGAGGAGAUGUGCUGGAUUGUCUGCAGGAUGGGGAAAAAAUUAUGUCCUACAUAUGUUCUCAACAAGACACUCUGUCAAACAAAAUAACAGAAUGCUGCAAACUGACCACGCUGGAACGUGGUCAAUGUAUAAUUCAUGCAGAAAAUGAUGAAAAACCUGAAGGUCUAUCUCCAAAUCUAAACAGGUUUUUAGGAGAUAGAGAUUUUAACCAAUUUUCUUCAGGGGAAAAAAAUAUCUUCUUGGCAAGUUUUGUUCAUGAAUAUUCAAGAAGACAUCCUCAGCUUGCUGUCUCAGUAAUUCUAAGAGUUGCUAAAGGAUACCAGGAGUUAUUGGAGAAGUGUUUCCAGACUGAAAACCCUCUUGAAUGCCAAGAUAAAGGAGAAGAAGAAUUACAGAAAUACAUCCAGGAGAGCCAAGCAUUGGCAAAGCGAAGCUGCGGCCUCUUCCAGAAACUAGGAGAAUAUUACUUACAAAAUGCGUUUCUCGUUGCUUACACAAAGAAAGCCCCCCAGCUGACCUCAUCGGAGCUGAUGGCCAUCACCAGAAAAAUGGCAGCCACAGCAGCCACUUGUUGCCAACUCAGUGAGGACAAACUAUUGGCCUGUGGCGAGGGAGCGGCUGACAUUAUUAUUGGACACUUAUGUAUCAGACAUGAAACGACUCCAGUAAACCCUGGUGUUGGCCAGUGCUGCACUUCUUCAUAUGCCAACAGGAGGCCAUGCUUCAGCAGCUUGGUGGUGGAUGAAACAUAUGUCCCUCCUGCAUUCUCUGAUGACAAGUUCAUUUUCCAUAAGGAUCUGUGCCAAGCUCAGGGUGUAGCGCUGCAAACGAUGAAGCAAGAGUUUCUCAUUAACCUUGUGAAGCAAAAGCCACAAAUAACAGAGGAACAACUUGAGGCUGUCAUUGCAGAUUUCUCAGGCCUGUUGGAGAAAUGCUGCCAAGGCCAGGAACAGGAAGUCUGCUUUGCUGAAGAGGGACAAAAACUGAUUUCAAAAACUCGUGCUGCUUUGGGAGUUUAAAUUACUUCAGGGGAAGAGAAGACAAAACGAGUCUUUCAUUCGGUGUGAACUUUUCUCUUUAAUUUUAACUGAUUUAACACUUUCUGUGAAUUAAUGAAAUGAUAAAGACUUUUAUGUGAGAUUUCCUUAUCAUAGAAAUAAAAUAUCUCCAAAUGUU